GAAAAAGUGGAGGGGGAAAAAAGCCUCUAGUCAUGAGCUCUUUACAGAAACUGGGAUUGGACUUACUCAAUAUCCGCUUUCCUUCCUUUUUUCCCUAGUUUUUCUUUCUUUUUUCUUUGUAAAAAAAAGUUUGAACAAUGAUUACAGUGAAUUCAGAUGGGAAAAUAAUGGUCAGAAGAUGUCUCGUCACCUUGAGGCCUUUUAGGAUAUUCGUGGUAGGGAUUGGAUUUUUCACGCUCUGCUUCUUAAUGACAUCAUUGGGAGGUCAGUUUUCAGCCAAAAGGCUGGGAGACUCUCCAUUCACCAUCAGAACUGAAGUGAUGGGUGCCAUGGAGUCCCGAGGGGUGCUGAGGAAAAUGAGUGAUAUGCUGGAGGUGAUGGUGAAGAGGAUGGACGUGCUAGCCAGGCUGGAGAACAGCACGGACUUCAGGAAAGGGGAAGAGAUGCAUUUCCCGACUGACAGGUUCCAUCCAGCCGUCGGCUUGAUGGAGAGGAUCCAAGCAAUUGCUCAGAAUGUCUCAGACAUCGCAAUGAAGGUGGAUCAGAUUCUUCGCAACAGCCUGCUCAAUGGGAAACCAAUAGAAGGCAGACGAGACCAGUGUGAGGUGCCCAGGGACCCCAAGUACCCUGAUUGCUCUGGAAAAGUGGAGUGGAUGAGGGCCAGGUGGACAUCAGACCCCUGCUAUGCAUUUUUCGGUGUGGACGGCACAGAAUGCUCAUUCCUCAUCUACCUCAGCGAAGUUGAAUGGUUUUGCCCUGCGCUGCCUUGGCGAAAUCAGACGGCAGCUGCACCUUCCACAAAGCCACCUCCCAGGGUGCAGGCAGCUUUUCAGAGAGACUUCUCCUACCUCCUGGAGCUGAUCGGCAGUGGCAAAGAGUCUUUGAUCUUCAUGAAGAAACGGAUCCGGCAAUUGGCCACGCAGUGGCUGAGGGCUUCACGUAAGCUGGAACAGAAGCUGGAGGGCAAACAGAGAGAUCAGAAGCAGAUCUUGAUCCACAUUGGCUUCUUGACGGAAGAAUCAGGCGAUGUUUUCAGCCCCCGUGUGUUAAAGGGGGGCCCACUUGGGGAGAUGGUCCAAUGGGCAGAUAUUCUUGCUGUCCUUUUCAUUCUGGGCCAUAGCCUGAAAAUCACAAUCUCUUUGAAAGAGCUCCAGAGUAACUUAGGAGUACCUCCUGGCCGGGGCAAUUGCCCCUUGACGGUCCCUUUGCCCUUUGACCUCAUUUACACAGACUACCACGGGCUGCAGCAAAUGAAGCAACACAUGGGCCUCUCCUUUAAAAAAUACAGGUGCCGUGUUCGAGUAAUUGACACUUUUGGGACUGAACCUGCAUACAAUCAUGAGGAAUAUGCCACCCUGCAUGGCUACCGGACAAACUGGGGCUACUGGAACCUGAAUCCUAAGCAGUUCAUGACAAUGUUUCCUCAUACACCUGACAAUUCCUUCAUGGGCUUUGUGUCUGAGGAACUCAAUGAGACCGAGAAGCAGCUGAUUAAAUCCAACAAGGCCAACAACAUGGCGGUGGUAUAUGGAAAAGAAGCCAGCAUUUGGAAGGUGGGUGGCAAAGAGAAGUUUCUGGCCAUCCUUAACAAGUACAUGGAGAUCCAUGGUACUGUUUACUAUGAAACCCAGCGUCCACCUGAGGUCCCGGCUUUUGUGAAAAACCACGGCCUUCUGCCACAACAUGAAUUCCAGCAGCUGCUGAGAAAAGCCAAGCUCUUCAUUGGAUUUGGUUUCCCCUAUGAAGGCCCUGCCCCUUUGGAAGCGAUAGCCAAUGGGUGUGUUUUCCUGCAGGCUCGUUUCAAUCCACCCCACAGUUCACUCAAUCAUGAAUUCUUCAGAGGGAAGCCUACAUCGAGAGAAGUAUCCUCCCAGCAUCCCUAUGCAGAGGAGUUCAUAGGGAAACCCCACGUAUGGACAGUGGACUAUAAUAAUUCAGAAGAGUUUGAAUCUGCGAUCAAAGCCAUUAUGAGGACCAAGGUUGACCCUUACCUGCCCUAUGAGUACACAUCUGAAGGAAUGCUGGAACGAAUUCAUGCCUACAUCCAGUACCAGGACUUCUGCGCCUUUGCUGCUCUGCCGGACAAGCUGGACAGCCACACUAUGCAAAGCUCUGCAAGCCCCUUCAGCCUGCAGCCCAACUCCACUUCCCUGGCAUGGUCUGGCAAUUCCAGCAGCAGCCCCCGAGCCUGGCCUCCAGUAGACUCCAUGCAGGUGUGGAUCUCAGGCACAGGGCAGGCGUGCACCAGCACUUGUCAGCUGCACGGUUUGGUCUGCGAGCCAGAGUUUUUCAAGUUCAUCAACAAGAAAGAGGUGUUUCAGCAACUCAACAUCGUCUGUGAUAGCAUCGAGUCCGAGAUGAAUCACCUCUACCCGGCAGUGGCUGAAAAGGUCCGGGAGUGCUAUCUCCAGAAGGAACCGCUCUUGUUCAGCUGUGCAGGAUGCAAUACCAAGUACCAGCGCCUCUGUCCAUGUCGCAAUUACCAGAAAGGACAAGUGGCCCUGUGCGGGGACUGUUUGUGAUUCCACCAGGACAUGUGCGUGUCGUAAUCUACCACAUGCAACAAGUAACUUUUUUUCCCAUGAAAGCUUCUGCAAUACUCAAGAAGGUUUCCAAAUGUGAUCAUCUCCUUGGAGACUUGUGAAAAAUACUUGGAUGUCAAUGAAACUUCAUUGGUUGUUUUGUCUACCAGUCGAGGGUUGAAUGACCCUUUCCCAACAUUACUUAAUGGCAUAUCUCCUACCACAUACAAGACCAUCAGAGACCUCGAAGAGGCUUAGAAGGGCCAUGUUGAAAACUCCUCUGGAGGACAAUGAGGCACCACUUUAGGGUUUCAUCAUCCUUAAACAUCUUUAUUUUUUAUGGGGGAGGAAAAAGUUGAAAUUAAAGCAGGAAAAUCAAGGAAUGGUCUAUGAGGAAUUAUUUGAAUUGGUUGUGUUUCAAAAUACUUGGCUGGACCUCUUUGGAAAGAGGGCUUCCCUCCACCACCCUUUCCGGAAGAGCAUGAGAAAACUGGGAUGAAAAGACCAGAGGCCUUCAAAUGCUUGC